AAGCCCCGACAAGCAACGCCGAGAAUUCGACGGAGGGAAGAAAGUGGAAACCACAAGAAGAAGAGGAAGAGGGAAGGAAUUUUGAUACAGUAAACUAGAAGAAGAAGAAAGAGAUAAUGGCGGAGAACAAGGACCUGCUGCCGGCGAAGUACGACGUCAAUGCAAAGUGGGACGCCUGUCUCGAUCUGACCGUCCGUCGCUUCGUUUACUCUUCCUUGGCUGGGGCGUUCGGCGGCCUCCUCCUCUUCAGGAGUCCAGUAACUCGAUGGGCAUCUAUAGCUUUUGGUGCUGGAGUGGGUAUUGGCUCUGCAUACACAGAGUGUUCUCGAAUAUUUGAUGGGUCUACUUCAAAUCCAGCUCCUCCAAAACUAGCAGAUGCUCCUCCAAAGCUAGCAGAUGCUCUUCCAAAACUUGCAGAUGCUCCUCCUUCCCAGGAUGUGCAGGAGUGACUUUAAGAAACCCCAAGUUGACAGGAUUAAAAUCAGAAUUUCCUUAGAGUUGAGAUUGUUGGCCUUUCUUGCUCUGCAUGGCUUCCAGUGAUGUACUACAUACAUUGUUGUCAUGAACAAACAGUUACCAUAAUGCUUUGCAUAAUUUCAUAUAGAUUCCAUUACCUUUUGUUAUGUAAUUCUAUGGAGUAAACAUGAUUUUGGGGAAAUGAAAAUAAUUCCUUUCUGCGGCC